AUGAGCUCACAUCAAAUAGUUCGAUUGAAUGAGCAUCCAGUGACUGAAUAUAAUUCAAUGGAUGUGGAUAAUUCAACUGAGUCCCAGAUAUCAACAGAUGAUUUAUACCUUGGGCCAGAUGAUGUCAUAGAUUAUGAUUCUGUCAUCCAGUGGUCUGGAUGUGUUGGCUUCAAUCCCUGGAUCAAAUAUGACUAUCCAUAUCAAUCACUUCCAGCUCAAGCUGAUCAACCAGCUCUGCACAUCAACCUGAACUUGUACCUUGGGCCUGAUGAUGAUCUGAUUGAUUGUGAUGAUGAGCUGGAGUCUGCUAAUGCUGAUAGGGAUGCUCCAGUUGCACCAGAAAUAUCCAUGUCAUUGAAUGAAAAAUCUGCCAAAUGUCAUUCAGCAAAGCUGGAUCUCACUAAUAAAGAACUGUUACAACUGAGCUAA